ACACCAGGCAAUUCGCACUGACCAGAGGCUGGUCAUCUGCUGAAUUUGUGGGGAAGGAUUCACUCGGUCAUCUGACCUAAUGGCUCACCAGCGGGUUCACACUGGGGAGAAGCCGUUCACCUGCUCAGACUGUGGGAAGAGUUUCACUAAUUCAUCCACCCUACAGAGCCAUCAGCGAGUUCACACUGGGGAGAAGCCAUUCACCUGCUCAGUCUGUGGGGAGAGAUUCACUCAGUCAUCCAACCUACAGAGUCAUCAGCGAGUUCACACUGGGGAGAAGCCGUUCACCUGCUCAGAAUGUGGGAAGGGAUUUACUCAGUCAUCCAACCUACAGAGUCAUCAGCGAAUUCACACUGGGCAGAAGCCGUUUACCUGCUCAGAAUGUGGGAAGAGAUUCACUAAGUCAUUCAGCCUACAGAGUCAUCAGCGAGUUCACACUGGGGAGAAGCCAUUCACCUGCUCAGAAUGUGGGAAGAGAUUCACUCAGUCAUCCCACCUGCAGAGUCAUCAGCGAGUUCACACUGGGGAGAAACCAUUCACCUGCUUAGAAUGUGGGAAAGGAUUCAGUCGGUCAUCCAGACUACUGGCACACCAGUCAGUUCACAGUGGGGAGUGGCCGUUCACCUGCUCAGACUGUGGGAAGGGAUUCACUUGCUCGUCUAAGCUAAUGGCUCACCAGCGAGUUCACACUGGAGAGAUGCUGUUCACCUGCUCAGUCUCUGAGAAGAGAUUCACUCAGUCAUCCAACCUAGUGGCACAUCAGCAAGGUCACACUGGGGAGAAGCCGUUCACCUGCUCAGUCUGUGGGAAGAGAUUUACUCAGUCGUCCCUCCUGCAGAGUCAUCAGCGAGUUCACACUGGGGAGAGGCCGUUCACCUGCUCAAUCUGUGGGAAGAGAUUUACUCACCCAUCCACCCUACAGAAUCAUCAGCGAGUUCACACUGGGGAGAAGCCAUUCGCCUGCUUAGUCUGUGGGAAAAGAUUCACCCAAUCAUCCACCCUACAGAAUCAUCAGCGAGUUCACACUGGGGAGAAGCCGUUCACCUGCUCAGUCUGUGGCAAGAGAUUCACUCAGUCAUCCAACCUACAGAGUCAUCAGCGAGUUCACACUGGGGAGAAGCCAUUCACCAGCUCGGAAUGUGGGAAAGGAUUCACUCAGUCAUCCCACCUACUGGCACACCAGUCAGUUCACAAUGGGGAGAGGCCAUUGUUAUGAAUCCCCAGAUUUCGUUUGCUGUGGACUGUCAUUUUGAGAGAGAGAGAGAGAGAUUAAGAAUGGAAAUCAGUCUGACUUGCAGCUUGUUUACAUCGCUCACAGCUUGUUUAGUUUUAACCACGGACACAGAUACUCAGUCAGACGGAGAUGAAGGAGGAUAAAUGGAAGGUUCAGAACAAGGGAACUACUGGCCAAGGGUCACUGUUUCGAACUUUCCUCUGCCCACAAGGUUGGGUUAAUUAUCGAUUCAGCAUACAUUGAAUGUGUGGUUGUCACCUCGUUUGAUCCAUAGGAGUGGAUUGGAUUUGGGGUAUCCUGUGAAGACCACUUAUGUGUUAACCCUUGCCUGGGUGUGGUGUGGAAAUUCACUUGAAGACGAUACCCCUUGUGACAAGUCACUUUCGGUGAUAAUUUGUAUGUGGAUUUGGAAUGACGACGGAUAAAAUCUACAGCGACUGUUCUCUCGUUUUACCACCAUGGAUGCUGUGAAACUCAACGUUAUUGCCUUCUCUUGACAUUUACCCUGGAUUACAAAUAUCUCUCUCUCAUCAACUAUUCUGUGGUUGAACUGAACUUUCAUAGUUUACCAUCUCAAGACUCCAAGCCUUGUUUCCCCUGAGCUCAAUAGUUUGGGAGUUAUAUUUACCCACAUAUAUACAUAUAACACUGUUAACUUUUGUUUAUCUUGCUUAAGUUACUAUAUUGUUAGUAGGUACUAAUAAAGAUAGUGGAUUUAACAUCAAAAACAGACUCUGGGUGUAGUCUAUUGCUGCUGACUCAUUUCUAAAGUGUUAUGGGGCCAAAUUGGGACCUGCAUCCGAUAUAGGAAAAGAUUUGGAGGCAUAUUGAUUAAUUAUCGAUUUCAUUGGAGAAAUCCCUUUUGAUUUAUUUGUGUGUGGAAAAUCAGCAGCAAUGGAUGUUGAUAGAUUUCUGGAAGCACCAACCUCUGAGGCACUGAAGGAUACCAGAAGGAUUGAGUUGUUGAGUAUUGCUAAAAGGUUAAAACUUGCUAAGGUGAAAUUGACAAUGAGGAGGUCACAGAUGCAGAGGAUAAUAGUUGAACAUUAUGUAUCUGAGGGUGUGUUUAAAGUGGAGGAGUUGGAGGUGUUUCCUGAAAGUAAACCUAGUGAGCUUGGCCUCCCGUACAAGUUAGAAAAAUUCAAGAUGGAGGCUGUGGAAAGGCAGAGGCAGGUUGAGGCUGGAGAGGCAGGAAAACAGAGAGAAGAGGCGGAAAAACAGGGAGGAAGCAGAAAGACAGUGGCUGUUCGAGCUGGAAAAGAUAGAGAGAUUGCAGCAAAGGGGUCUAGCAUUAGACUCUGGUGAUAAGUUUGAGGGCAGUCAGGAUGUUAAAUUGGUACCUCCAUUUGACGAGGCAGAGGUUGAUAAAUACUUUCAGCAUUUUGAGAAGGUUGCUCAGGGUUUGAAAUGGCCAAAAGAGGGUUGGCCUAUUCUCUUACAAAGUGUAAUUAAGGGGAAGGCUCAGCAAGCCUAUUCUGCUUUGACAGUUGAUGAAGCAGCUGAUUAUGACAUGGUGAAACAGGCUGUGCUCAAAGCUUACGAGUUGGUCCCAGAAGCAUACAGGCAAAAGUUUAGAAGUUUGAGGAAAUCUGUGAACCGGACUUAUAUGGAAUUUGCUUAAGAGAAGUUUGUGUGUUUUGACCGCUGGUGCACAUAUAAAAAUGUAAAUGAUGAUUUUAACAGCUUGAUAGAGUUGCUUUUAAUUGAAGAAUUCAAAAUGUGCGUCCCUGAUGACAUAAAGAUGUAAUUAAAUGAAAAGGAUGCUGCCACUUUGCAGGAGUCUGCUAGAUGAGCAGAUAAGUUUGCUUUAACUCAUAAGGUUAAGUUCACCCAGAAUAAGAGGUUCCAAAAGAGUAGCAGGGAUAACCAGGGUAAACCAGAAAUUAAAGCUGGGACUAGUGAUGAGAUGGAGGAUGAAGGGAAGCAGUUGAAGGAGAAAUAUUCUGGUCUUCUUUGUUACUAUUGUAAGAAAGCUGGUCAUAUGGUGGCUAAUUGUUCUGUCCUGAAGAAGAAAAAGGAAAAGGAGGCAGUCCCACAUGCCUGUGAUCAGCAUGUUGAAGCACCUGUAAACCCACAGGGUUCUGAACAUUCUGUUGAGGCUCAGUUAAGGACUGAGAGGUCUGACUGAGUUAAGAAGGGAUUCGAUCAUUUUAUGUCAGAUGGUUUGUAUUAGUAAUGGAAGGGUCAACACCGGUACCAGUGAAAAUUCUUCGAGAUACUGGGACUUCUCAGUCACUUAUAUUAGUUCGAUGAUGAGACUGACACUGGUGAGGUAAAUCUUAUUAAAGGCAUUGGGGGCAGCAUUGUUUCUGUGCCAUUGCACAAGGUAACUUUACAGUCAGGGUUGGUUUCGGGACCUGUUAGGAUUGGAUUAUGCUCCAGUUUACUGGUGGAAGAUGUUACUUUGCUGUUAGGGAAUGACCUGGCAGAUGGUAAAGUUGUUCCUGCAGUGCAGUUGACAACUAAACCAACCACUGACGACUCACAGAUGGAUUUUAACAUUUAUCACAGUAACUCGAAGUACGGCUAAAAAGUCUGCCAAUGCAGACGGUUCUGUGCAGCAUGAUUCUGAUACCCAUGAUAGCCAAAAUCAGGAUUCAGGUUAUGAUGACUUGUCGGGGACUUUUCUGCCUUCAUUGUUUCAACAGGAUUCAGGUAGUAAGUCUGAUGAGAAAGAUUUAUCCCUGUCUAGGAAGGAGUUUAUAGCAGAACAAAACCGAGACCUUGAGAUUGAAGCUUUAUAAGAAACAUCUUUCUCAGAUGAUGAGAUUAAGAAAAUGACGGUAGGGUAUUAUCUCAAGGAUGGGGUGUUAAUGAGGAAGUGGAGGCCACCUGCUAUACCUGCGAGUGAGGAAUGGGCAAUUAUUCCUAAAGUUUAUGGGACUGAAAUUUUAACUUUGGCCCACAGUAUGCCCGUAGGUGGCCAUUUUGACAUGAAUAAAACUGUAAACAGGAUUAUGAAAGAAUUUUACUGGCCGAAUUUGAGGAAAGAUAUUGUGACCUUUUGCAGAACCUGUCAUACUUGUCAAGUUGUGGGUAAACCUAAUCAGGUCACCCUAGUGGCCCCACUCUGGCCUAUACCUGCAUUCGGUGAACCCUUUUCCAAAUUUUAUUAAAGCUAAAACUGUGGCGAAGGCUCCAAACAAGUUUUUUUACUUUAUUUGGUUUGCCUAAAGAAAUCCAGUCUGACCAAGGAAGUAAUUUUACAUCUGGAUUAUUCCAGCAGGUAGUUUAUGAACUGGGAGCUAAACAAAUUACAUCGUCUGCGUACCAUCCGGAAUCACAAGAGGCUUUAGAAAGAUUUCAUUCUACCCUCAAAACAAUGAUUAAGACGUACUGUGUUGAUAAUGGGAACGACUGGGAUGAAGGAAUACAUUUGCUUUUGUUCACUGUAAAGGCUGAUUUAUACUUGUGCAUUCGGGAUACGCCGUAUCCUACACCGUAGGCCCGAUUUAAUUUUUGCGUAGCCCUAUGCCGUAGCGAGUAUGUGUAGUUGUGUCUGCAUCGCUCUGCACUUCACCACCAAAACGCAAGUUGGCCGUGGGGUUUCUCUGACACUGUUGAGUUUCAUCGUGACAGACAUGGACAGGGAAAUGCAUCUCAAAUAUUUUCCCAUGUCGGCAGGUAGAUUUGUUGAUUUGGUUCAUUGUCUCCAACCAUUUAUUUUGCAUCAGUGUACAGACAUGGCAGAGAAAAGCAACCAGAAAUGCGAUGCUACCAAGCGGACCAAUCACAGUUGUUGCGGUCUGCAUCGCCGCGACGCAUGAGUUACUUUUUUGAGGAGGUGCACGUCACCCUACGGCGUAGGGUACAGCGUGGGUACGGCAUAGGGUACGUAGUGCCUAUGGUGUACACUUGACGCACAAGUAUAAAUCAGGUUUAAGAGAGUUGGUACAGGAGUCACUGGGCUUUAGUCCAUUUGAACUUGUAUUUGGUCAGAGAGUGAGGGGACCUUUGACCUUGUUAAAGGAACAGUGGAUUGAGGGGGAUGUACAUGUUAACUUGUUCGACUAUGUUUUGAAGUUCAAAACUAAACUAUACCAAGCUUGUCGUCUGGCGAGACAAAACGUAAAGAUUUCUCAAAACAAAAUGAAGUGUUGGUUUGAUAAGCGGACCAAAACAAAAGAAAAUACAAGGUGGGGGAUAAUGUGCUUGCCUUAUCUCCAAUGUUGACGAUUCUACUUCAAGUGAAAUUCAAUGGACUGUAUGAAUUAGUCUCUCAUAUUAAUGAUGUGAAUUAUGUUAUUAAAACACACGACUGACGUAAACUAACACAGGUGGUACACAUCAAUAUGAUAAAGCCUUAUUCUGACAAGCAGGCACCAUCGGUGAGUGUUGUCAAACAUAUCAAUCUGACAACCCUGAGAAUGAAACAAUUGACUUGUCUGAAAGUUUACACAAGCCAAACAUGGUCCCGGUUAGGCUAAUGAACUCAUCUUGUGGUUAAGUUUUGGGGUUUAUUUAAGUUAUUUAACGGGGAAAUGGUGAAUCCUAUGAUGAAGUGUGUGUGUAAUAAAUGUAUACAUGUAUGUAUAUGUGUAUACAUGUAUGUAUAUGUGUAUAUAUGUUAUAGUAUGUUUUAAAAAUGCUUGUUUUGAUGUGGACAUCUAAGUUUUUUUUGUAAGUAAAAGCACCUCAAUCUAAAACAAUUGACUCGUCUGAGACUUUUCACAAGCCAAACAUGGUCCCAGUUAGGCUAAUGAACUCGGUUGUUCUCGAAAACAUUGACAACAAGUUGGCUCAUCUGCAGCCAAAGCAACAACAACAGCUGAAGGAAUUAAUUCUGAAGUUUAAAGAUUUAUUUCCCGAUGUUCCCAAGCAAACCACGGUCGCAGUACAUGACGUAGAUAUUGGUCAAGC